AUGAAACCAAGAAUAUUCCUCACCUUCCUGGCAGCUCUGCUCUGUUGGAGUUGUUGCCUGGCCUCGGAGCUGUCUUUCCUGUUGGAGCCCAGUGAUGUGAUUGCAGUGAGGGAUCGCCCACUCAUGCUGGACUGUCGAGUGCAGGGCGAAGAACCAAUCAUGGUUACGUGGCGUAAAAAUGGCGUGCCUUUACCUACCAGUCCACGGGUUCGGGUGUUGGCAAAUGGCACGCUGUUUAUCCAGAGCUUCCAGAAACGCAGAGAGGGGAGUGAAGCGGAUAUGGGCGAGUACGACUGCGCUGCCCAAAAUCGCUAUGGCUUGCUGGUCAGCCGCAAGGCCAAAGUCCAUUUGGCAUCUCUUCCUAAGUUCCACACACACCCAGUGUCCAUGGCGGUGGAUGAAGGGGGAGUUGCUCGCUUUCAGUGUGAGAUCAAUGGAGUCCCUGAGGCUAACAUCACCUGGGAGAGAGACAGAGUACCACUUAGCACCAAUGACAACAGGUACACUCUCCUGCCAAUGGGGAUCCUCCAGGUGACAGGUGUGAGGCAGGUGGAUGCAGGAGUUUUCCGCUGUGUCGCCAUCAACAUCGCCAACACUCGCUACAGCCACGAUGCUGUGCUCAACGUCACUGGUGGAGCAUCCAGAACUUACAAGGAGCCAACCAUCCUGUCAGGACCCCAGAAUCUCACCAUCACUGUCCAUCAGACUGCCAUCUUAGAGUGCAUUGCCACAGGAAACCCAAGACCCAUUGUUUCCUGGAGCAGGCUAGACGGUCGCUCCAUUGGGGUGGAGGGUAUUCAGGUUCUGGGAACAGGGAACCUGAUGAUCUCAGAUGUGUCUCUGCAGCACUCUGGUGUAUAUGUGUGUGCUGCCAACCGGCCCGGGACCAGGAUGAGGCGUACUGCGCAUGGCAGACUCGUAGUACAAGCUCCUCCGGAGUUCCUGCAGUGGCCGCAGUCUGUCUCUAAGCCAGCAGGGGGCAGUGCUGUGUUCACCUGUGUGGCUCAGGGCGUCCCCGAACCUCACCUGAUCUGGCUGAAGAACGGCAAGGUCCUAAUGCCUGGACACAAUGUCAAACUGACCAAUAAUAACAGUACUCUGGCUCUGACCCGUAUCAGCUCUGACGAUGAGGCCAUCUACCAGUGCAUUGCUGAGAACACUGCCGGGACCAACCAGGCCAGUGCCCGUCUGGCAGUGGCUCAGGCUAAAGACCUGCCCAACGCCCCCCAGGGCCUCACAGCCAGUGGCCUGUCCACCAAUGUCCUGCAGAUCAUAUGGAGCCAGCCACCCCCCAACGUCACUGAAAGCAUCAUCGGCUAUGUCCUGCACAUCCGAAAGAUAGGAGAGCCCGACAGUCUGGAGCUACAGGAAGCCAUCAGCAAAGGCACCUUCCAGCAUGAUGUGACCAACCUGGAGCCAGCUACUACCUAUUCCCUCUACCUGAAGGCCUACUCCCCUCUGGGAGCCAGCCAGCAGUCCCUCACUGUGGUGGCAACAACACUAGGGGGCGUUCCGACCCCUCCCACCUUCUUCACCAAGGUGGUGAACUCCAGCUCUGUGCAGGUCCUUUGGGAACUCCCGAGCAAGGCUGGCAAGGCUGAGGGUUUUAGGCUGUCCUACCGCAGGGUCCCCCACACUGACUUCCAGGGGCCCAUCCAGCUGCCAAGUCACAUCAACGCCCACACCAUCUCUCAUCUAGAACCUGGUGCGGUGUAUGAAGUCAAGCUGGUGGCCUACAAUGGAAACGGGGAGAGUGACUGCUCCAAGAGACUGGUGUCACUGGCAGAGGAAGGAACAAGUGCCCAAACUACAGGAGGGAACAGUCUGUGUCAGUGCAGGGAUGGAGAGGCCUCUCUGGGCAGCAUUGUUAUUGGCAUUCAUAUCGGCACCGCCUGCAUCAUCUUCUGUGUUCUCUUCCUCAUGUUUGGAUACCGUCGCAGUUUGUUUUGCAGUAAAGGGACUCAGGACAGCUGGUCUGUACCGAGGGACAACACAGGACACAACGGUAUCCCUAAAGAUGCAGCAAAUCGUCCCAGAGUGGAGCCAAUGCCUCAGGUGGUCUGUCCAGCACAGUGCCAGGUCGUCAUUGAGCAGCACCCGUCAGGUUUGCCUGGCACGGGCACUGGCUAG